GCUACCGCUACCGCUACCGCUCGAUACCACAAUGCCGCUCCGGGGGAAACCGAAACCCAAGCCCCUCGCUCGGCUUGCUUCCGCCCUGCUGGUCCUGGCCCUGGCGGCCCCGCUUCGRAGGGCGGCUUCCGCUUCGGAGGCCGCCUCCGAUCCGGGGGGGCUUCCCCUCCCCCCCCACCUCCUGGCGCUGAACGACGGAACCACCAUGCCGAGGGUCGGCCUGGGGGUCGCCCUCGUGGGGGAAAAGACCUACGCUGCCGUCUCCCACGCGAUCGGGACCGCCGGGUACCGGCUGGUGGACACGGCGGCGGAGGAAUCCUACGGGAACGAGGCCGAGGUGGGCUCCGCCGUCCGGGACUUUUACCGGAAGCAAGGGACGAGCCGGGGCAGCAGCAGCAACGACAACGACAGCAGCAGCAGCAGCAACGACAACAGCAACAACAACAGCAGCAACAACAGCAACAACAACCACGACAACCACCACGUCUUUCUGACCACCAAGCUCUGGGAUUCCGACCACGGAUUCUACAACACGCUCCGGGCCUUUUUCGAAUCCCACGCGGAGAUCAACAGAUACCACGUGGACGGAGRCGAUGCCGGGGACGGCACCACCAAUGCUGCCUCCGGCGACGACGAAGAAGAAGACGAAACAGAAGCCCUGCCCAUCGAUCUGUACCUCAUCCACUCCCCCUUUGGCGGCAAGCUCCUGGAAACCUGGGACGCCCUCCUCUACCUGCAGAAAUUCCACCCCGACAAGGUCAGAUCCAUCGGCGUCUCCAACUUUGGGAUCGACCACCUGGAGGUCCUCCGGGAGGCCGGGAGGCCGAUGCCGGCGGUCAACCAGAUCGAGCUCCACCCGCUGGUCUACGGCCAGCGGAGGGACCUCCUGGACUACUGCGAGGAACAAGGGAUCGUCGUCCAGGCCUACGGGAGCCUCAUGCACGGGUACGACCGGUUCCUGGCCGAUCCCCCGCCUGUUCUGUCGGAGAUGGCAGGCCGGUACAGCGACAGCGACAACGACAACGCCGAGAAGGGCGGAAGGGCCGUCGGCGUGACCCACGUCCUCCUCCAGUGGGCCCUCCAGCACGGAUUCGCCAUCAUUCCCAAGUCCGGCCGGACCGACCGCAUCACGGACAACGUCCGGUACAUCGACCUCGGAAUGCAAAUGCAAAUCGAACAAGGGGGAGGCAGGGGAGAAGGCCUCUGGCUYUCGGGGGAGGACAUGGCCCUCCUGGACGGCUGGGGGGACCACCUCCCCUACCGCCACCGGAACCUCUACAAGAGGGACUGGAACUGGAACCCGAUCGACGAGGCCCCGGUCCACGCCGGGAACGCUACGGGCUACUGGCCGGGCUACGAGGGCGUCGACCCGGAGGGCCUGGCCGACCGGCUGGACGACGACGACGACGGAUACGGCGACAACGACAACGACGACCCUGGACGGCUGGGGGGACCACCUCCCCUACCGCCACCGGAACCUCUACAAGAGGGACUGGAACUGGAACCCGAUCGACGAGGCCCCGGUCCACGCCGGGAACGCUACGGGCUACUGGCCGGGCUACGAGGGCGUCGACCCGGAGGGCCUGGCCGACCGGCUGGACGACGACGACGACGGAUACGGCGACAACAACAAUGACGACAACGACAACGACGACGACAACGACAACGACGACGAUGGAUACGGAUACUACGGAAGCGAAAGCCAGAGGAGGCGAAACGCGGGAAAGAAAUUCGACGAGCUGUAAGCAAGCCGGCGCACCGCGAACGGCGAGCGAGCGCUGCGGGUCCGUCGCAACGCCAAGCCAAAGCCAGAGCCAAGCCAAAGCCAGAGCCAGGCCAAUCGAGGAAGGUUGGGACCGACCGGGCUUUUCCGAGCCAGAGGAGAUGGUGCGGGAGACGAAGGAACCAUCGCUGUCCUCCGACUCUCUGCCAUUCGUACAAGCACGAGUACGUACCGUACGGUGCCCAUGUUAUACCACGAACGCCUGCCGGAGCUGKUCCUGCCCCAUCGUUCCGGCACAGCGCUGUUGCCGAUUCUCCGCGUUUGUGGUGGGUUAACAGGCAUCCAACAAAAUGUACCGCAUCGUUAAAAUAACAAAAUACUGUACGUACGGUUGUUAGUUUCGUCUUCUUUCUCCAAMCGGAAUAGAUCUCGCAAUUUUUUCAUGAUUGCAUUCACUAUCCCCAUCCUUAGUUGCGCAUACCAUUCCCAGUGGUUUUUGGAGGUGCAGCGUCGAAAUCGAAUCCGUUUGGCAAGUUUUUUUUUGUCCCUCCAAGUUUCCUUUUCUUCCCUCUCUCUCAUUCACUCYGAGGACCAAUGACUUUCCUACCGUUGGCAAUCUCAGUAGUAGGGUACGUACAGUACUACCGUACUGUAAUUACGGUACAAAACGUUGCGGUUCAAACAUGCCGCUGGUUGUUCUCGAAAGAAACAAUCGAUUUCCAGUCUCGAACAACAAUCAUACCGGUACACUCUGCCUCUGCCUGUGAACCUACAGCAGUUCCGCACCAUUCGCGACAAUCAGCGCAGCGAUUGCCGAUUCCCGAUCGACCGACCAACACCAGGAACCAGCACUCGACGGCCUUCCAACCGAGGCAAACAGCAGCCCAGCGAGCACCACCCAACCCAACCCAACCCAACCAUCUUCGGCAGAAACCAACAAACAGGCAGCACCGCUGGUUGUCGCACAAACACACCGCACCACCCGCCGAGCAGGUUCGGAGCGUUUCCACCCAUGUCCUCCUCCUCCUCCUCUUCCGCGGCCCCCUCCGCCGAUCCGGUGAUCCGCAACCGAGACAUGCUGGCCCUCAAGAAUUACAUCACGGCCAAGGACAGCAAUCCGCGGCAGGGCCUCUCCGAAACGACCCUCCUCAUCGACCUGACCCACUCGAACCUCGUCCAGAAACACAUCGAGAUCCGCUUCGACAAGCACGACCGCCUCCGGGACGUCCGAGAAAAGAUCCACCAGAAGACGGGCACCGCCCCGCACUUCCAGACCCUCCUCCUWAAGUGCAGCGGGCAGACGCUCUUCGAGAUCGACGCCACCGACGAAUCCUACGACCGGCACAAGCUGGGCUUUUUCUUUGGGGAUCCCUACGCAAACUGCGGCCUGGAGGUCCACUGCAUCGACACGAACCCGCUCAGCGGGAGCCGCAACGGCCAGUACGAGGACGUCUCGCUGGUCGAAAAAUACCGCAUGUCCGACGAGGAGUACGACAAGCGGAAGGGGACCCUGCGGGACUGGGCCAAGGUCCAGCUGGAAAAAGACGAAAGCUUUACCCUGGCCAGGCACGCAAGGGAGCACCGGGAAAAGGUCGAGGCCCUCCGCGAGUUCAAGCUCGGGAACUCCCCGCUCCCCUACGGCUACGUCGUCGACUCGACCGGCAAGGACAUCGUCAAGGGGGACGAGCCGGACUACGACGACCUGGUGGAGCAGAGGAAGCUUAGCCAGCGCAAGCAGGCUUGCGACCAUGGCUCGAACGAGACCUCCGUCGAGGGGAUCUUUGUGGGCGACCGGUGCGAGGUGAUGCCCGGCAGCCGCCGGGGCAGGGUGUCCUACGUCGGGCCGGUCCGGGAGCUGGACGACCGGCCGGAUUCCUUCUGGGUCGGGGUGACCUUCGACGAGCCCGUCGGAAAGACCGACGGGGCCGCCAUUGACCCGCGCACCGGAGCGAGAAGGUCCUACUUCGAGGCGCCCCCGGGAUACGCGAGUUUUGUAAGGGGAAAGAACGUGGAGGUCGGGGAUUUCCCCGAGCUCGAUCUCUUUGGCGACGACGACGACAGCAGCGACGAGGACGAAUUGUAGCGCGGGCCGGGCCGGGCCGCCCGGGAUCCGGUCUCUGCGUUCCUCGUUCUUUGUCGCCAAUCUCCGAAGUCCACGUGUCGUUCUGUGCCAGGGCGUUCGAUGGAUCGAAUGGACCAGACAACGAGACGGGCAUCUAUGGUUCGGUAGUGGAUUGUGGAAGAUAGAUUGACCGCGUUCCGGAGCUUUUUGUUCGUCUGGAAUUGCUGACAGCGGAUUGCGGUCAUUGGCACUGGCACGUAGAACACGAGAAGACCAAACAACUUGGAUCGCAGACUCGGAGUCACUCCUGCCGGUGAUUCUGGAUUAAAUUUGUGAAACGUCU